UAGUUUAAAGAUGGUAAUUCCGGAACAGCAGCUUCAGGAAGCAACUGCGGUUACCGGCGACGGUUACCACGCCGAACGGAUUCGCUCAUUUCUAUCGUUCUGGCAAUAUAUCAAUCGGUUGGUGGAUGAAUGCAAUCUGCACCGUGAGAUUCAGCGUUCGUUAAAAGCCAUACGCCCACAAUUUAUUUCUGGAUACGAGUACCGCGAAAACAAUGAAAUAUCUCACAAUUUCAUCUAUUUCAUCAUGCAACCCCCAAUUUUGGUAGCCGGAUGGGACGGACGGAGAGAAGCGUUGGAAGCCAUAAUGGACAUGAUGCCAAGAGCUCCAAGAGUUAGGCGUAGGCGAUCUCAAUUUGUCCAGAGGCAAGUCAGAAAACGCAGACACAACAACGCUCGCCGUCAUCUCCGCCGUAACCGUAACCGUUAACAAAAGUCGGGCUAAACAAAAUUCGUUUUAAGUUUUUCAAGUCAGUUCAAAAUUGCAUUUAAUUGCAUUUAAUUGCUUGCAUUUUGACAGAGUUUGAAAAAAUUACAAUCGAUUUGAAUUACCCGCCAAAAUGCAAAUAAAAUAAUAAAAUUUAAGGUUGGCUAAUAAUUCAGUCGUCUCGUUUAUACUGCUUAUUAUACAUUACAUUAACAACUAGACUAUCUUCUUUUGUAUAGAUUUCAGACUCGGCCUGUGCGCAUGUUGUUGGCAGGGUUGUGCGGGGUUGUGCUGUC